AUGAAUAAUCCCCCUGAACAUAACAGGAAGACAGAAGAUACAUUGUAUCCUCCACACGAAGAGGCGCCAUGGCUGAGCAGUCAGGACAAGAACAUCAGACGCUUUUUUUGUGGUCUGGAGGUUUCGGCUAAUGAGACGUUUGUGGUCGGCAGAAAAAGAAGAGGAAGUCCUGGCACUGAGGAGCCCCCUGCUGUCACCGAGCCUGGCACUGAGGUGCCCCCUGCUGUCACCGAGCCUGGCACUGAGGAGCCCCCUGCUGUCACCGAGCCUGGCACUGAGGAGCCCCCUGCUGGCACCGAGCCUGGCACUGAGGAGCCCCCUGCUGUCACCGAGCCUGGCACUGAGGAGCCCCCUGCUGGCACCGAGCCUGGCACUGAGGUGCCCCCUGCUGUCACCGAGCCUGGCACUGAGGAGCCCCCUGCUGUCACCGAGCCUGGCACUGAGGAGCCCCCUGCUGGCACCGAGCCUGGCACUGAGGUGCCCCCUGCUGUCACCGAGCCUGGCACUGAGGAGCCCCCUGCUGUCACCGAGCCUGGCACUGAGGAGCCCCCUGCUGGCACCGGGCCUGGCACUGAGGAGCCCCCUGCUGGCACCAAGCCUGGCACUGAGGAUCCCCCUGCUGGCACCGAGCCUGGCACUGAGGAGCCCCCUGCUGGCACCGAGCCUGGCACUGAGGAGCCCCCUGCUGGCACCGAGCCUGGCACUGAGGAGCCCCCUGCUAGCACCAAGCCUGUCACUGAGGAGCCCCCUGCUGUCACCGAGCCUGGCACUGAGGAGCCCCCUGCUGUCACCGAGCCUGGCACUGAGGAGCCCCCUGCUGGCACCGAGCCUGGCACUGAGGAGCCCCCUGCUGUCACCGAGCCUGGCACUGAGGAGCCCCCUGCUGGCACCGAGCCUGGCACUGAGGUGCCCCCUGCUGUCACCGAGCCUGGCACUGAGGAGCCCCCUGCUGUCACCGAGCCUGGCACUGAGGAGCCCCCUGCUGGCACCGAGCCUGGCACUGAGGUGCCCCCUGCUGUCACCGAGCCUGGCACUGAGGAGCCCCCUGCUGUCACCGAGCCUGGCACUGAGGAGCCCCCUGCUGGCACCGGGCCUGGCACUGAGGAGCCCCCUGCUGGCACCAAGCCUGGCACUGAGGAUCCCCCUGCUGGCACCGAGCCUGGCACUGAGGAGCCCCCUGCUGGCACCGAGCCUGGCACUGAGGAGCCCCCUGCUGGCACCGAGCCUGGCACUGAGGAGCCCCCUGCUAGCACCAAGCCUGUCACUGAGGAGCCCCCUGCUGUCACCGAGCCUGGCACUGAGGAGCCCCCUGCUGGCACCGAGCCUGGCACUGAGGAGCCCCCUGCCGGCACCGAGCCUGGCACUGAGGAGCCCCCUGCCGGCACCGAGCCUGUCACUGAGGAGCCCCCUGCCGGCACCGAGCCUGUCACUGAGGAGCCCCCUGCCGGCACCGAGCCUGUCACUGAGGAGCCCCCUGCUGGCACCGAGCCUGGCACUGAGGAGCCCCCUGCUGGCACCGAGCCUGGCACUGAGGAGUCCCCUGCUGUCACCGAGCCUGGCACUGAGGAGCCCCCUGCUGUCACCGAGCCUGGCACUGAGGAGCCCCUUGCUGGCACUGAGCCUGGCACUGAGGAGCCCCCUGCUGUCACCGAGCCUGGCACUGAGGAGCCCCCUGCUGGCACCGAGCCUGUCACUGAGGAGAAGUUCCCCCUGCUGGCACCGAGCCUGUCACUGAGGAGAGUUCCCCCUGCUGGCACCGAGCCUGUCACUGAGGAGCCCCCUGCUGGAACCGAGCCUGGCACUGAGGAGUCCCCUGCUGGCACUGAGGAGCCCCCUGCUGGUAUUGAGCCUGGCACUGAGGAGCCCCCUGCUGGCACCGAGCCUGGCACUGAGGAGCCCCCUGCUGGCACCGAGCCUGGCACUGAGGAGCCCCCUGCUGGCACCGAGCCUGUCACUGAGGAGCCCCCUGCUGGCACCGAGCCUGUCACUGAGGAGCCCCCUGCUGGCACCGAGCCUGGCACUGAGGAGCCCCCUGCUGUCACCGAGCCUGGCACUGAGGAGUCCCCUGCUGGCACCGAGCCUGGCACUGAGGAGUCCCCUGCUGUCACCGAGCCUGGCACUGAGGAGCACCCUACUGGCACCGAGCCUGUCACUGAAGAGCCCCCUGCUGGCACCGAGCCUGGCACUGAGGAGUCCCCUGCUGGCACCGAGCCUGGCACUGAGGAGUCCCCUGCUGGCACCGAGCCUGUCACUGAGGAGCCCCCUGCUGGCACCGAGCCUGUCACUGAGGAGCCCCCUGCUGGCACCGAGCCUGGCACUGAGGAGAGUGCCCCCUGCUGA